AUGGUCGGCUCUAUCCUCCGCCAGUUCUUCUCCCCGGCGACCCGUCGUCCCCUCACCACGGUUCUCUCAACACCACCAAGUCGUCUUCUACAACCGUCUAUCCGAACGUUCACUACCACAACACCCCGCGCUUUCGCUCCCACAACCGCUCGCCCUGCGACUCUGAACCAAGUUCUGCGUGGAAUUCGAAAGGGCAAGCGCGCUCGCCACGCUGUCUCCCCCGCUCUGUCCAACACACACUGCCCAGCUCUUAAGGGUGUGUGCCUCCGUGUCGGUGUCGUUCGACCCAAGAAGCCCAACUCCGGUGAACGAAAGACUGCUCGUGUGAAGCUCUCUACCGGAGCUGUCGUUACAGCGUAUAUCCCCGGUGAGGGACACAACAUCCAGCAGCAUAGUGUUGUUCUUGUGAGAGGAGGCCGUGCGCAGGAUUGUCCUGGUGUGAGAUACCAUCUUGUUCGAGGAGCUUUGGAUUUGGGUGGUGUUGCGAGCCGAACGACAAGUCGAAGCAAGUACGGUACGAAGAAGCCUAAGAAGGCUACUGUUGGUUAA